CUUUAAAUCAGGUAAAAUAGUUUUUUAACGUAAAAUUUUUCGCUAGAUAAAAAAUGUUUCGAAUAAAAAAAUAAGGGUUCUAGGCGUGACUAAUUUGUUUGGGGUUUUGUGUAGAGGUAUUGGAGUUUCAAAUGUUUAAUUCCUUUAGCUUGAAUUUGCUCUUCUUUUCCUAAAACUUUUGCAAUGGAUGGUAAAAAACAUCCAUACGCAUUUGAUGUACCUGUAUAUAAUUUUAAAUAAUGUAGCUACGCAGUAUGUUAUGAAAUUUUUCUUCUGCAUUUGUUCAUCCUAGCUUGUUGCAGAUGUUUGUUCCUUGUAGUAGAAAGCAUUUCUAAUGUGUAAGGUUUUGCCUAUGUGUUCUGUUUUAUGUACUUUUUACUUCUGAAACUACAGACUAAUAGUAAAUAUUGUGUAUCCUGUAUUAAAGACCUGCUGACUCACUUGUAUAAAAGACCUGCUCACCUGUAAUAGGAGACCUGCGUGUAUUGUGUAACGUAGCGUGCACGUGAUGAAGACUGUCUUAAUCCAGGUUUUCGAGCAGCAGCAAUCGGAAUUGGAGAGGCUAGAAAAGUUACGAUUCGCCGCGGAUAAAAACAGAGCGAGAUUUACAGAGUUUGCUCGCAAAGCUGCUUAUGAAAAAUACCCGGUUAAAAAAGUACAAAAAUCAGCUGUGCUGGUGCCUUUAGUGUUUAACCGCGAUAAUGAAUUGGAAGUCUUGUUGACGGUUAGACAUUCAAAGAUUUCGUUACUACAUGGCGAGGUUUGCUUGCCUGGCGGGAAAUUUGACAGACAAGACGAAAGUGUUUUCGAAACGGCAACCCGAGAAGCAUGGGAAGAAAUCGGAUUGCAUGCGGGUAAUAUCAAUGUUUUAUUUGAGUUCGUGAGCAUGUUGUCGACAAGAAGAAAGAAGAUUCACGUAGUCCACCCGAUAUUCGCGUUAGUUAAGAACAGUUUUUACGCGAAGUUGAACAAUCAUGAAGUUAUGGAUGUGUUUACCGUCCCUCUGAAAGUGUUUUGUGGAAAACCUGAAAUCAAGAAAAUGAAAUUGGGAUGGAGGCAGCCGUGUGUUUCACGACCUGGUGUUGCCACUAAUCAAAAAUACGAAACUUUUGGUUUUACGUUUUGUUUGCUAUGCGUUGCUGCGAAUAUUAUGUACGGAGGGGCGUAUUUCGAAGACGCUAUGGAAAAUGUAAAGAAUUUAUCAACAGAGAUGUAUCAAUUAUAUUUGGAUUUGUUACGACACUCUAAGUCGAAGUUGUAACGCUUUAUAGGAUUUUGCAAUUCUAAUACUGCCGUCAUUUUUAUGACGGAUUUUAUACUGUUGUGGCCGUUUUCGUUAUCUUUGUUGUAGUGGAUACUGCUGUUUCCAUAGUAACAACUGGUAAAUUUACUGGACAAGGGCACAUUCAUAAAAUUGUAGGCCAAAGGGUAACGCUUUUAAAGUAACCAGAUUGUGCUGACUACAUACCUUAUUUGGGACCCAGAUCCUUUGGACAUGCCUGUUUUCUUCAUCAUUCUAAAAAUUGCAAUACUUGAAGUGACAACAUAAAUUAUGUUUUAUGUUAAAAAAAAUUUUUUUUUAUCUAAUUAUGUGUGCAUAUAUGUAUGAUAAAUUUUAGAGCUAUUAUAAUUAUAAUAAUUAUGAAGAUCAGUAACAAUAGCAAAGAAUUAAAUAAAAUCAAAAUUUUAA